GAAACCUCCGACGUUCAAACGCACCAUGAAAAGAUCCUGACUUCAAGCACGCCCAAUUCAAUACAGAGUCACGCCCCACGAUUUAAUCACUCUUUCAUUCAUUUACGAGUCCCGACAAGUCCACGUCAAUCCCUCUUGUUAUCAGCUCGUUUGCUUGAGGCCGCCACCUCAGACCAAGUCGCAUAAUCUAGCCCUAGAGGUCGCUCGCCAGUUAAAGUCGCCGCAGUUUUUGCACAUUUUAUUUUGUCCGCCCAUCAUGGCGCCCAAGGGAAAACAGGCUGAGCCUAAGAAGGCGAGAGCCACAGUCGAUGACAAGACCUUCGGCAUGAAAAACAAGAAGGGUGGGCAGGCACAGAGACAGAUAGCCCAGAUGCAGGCACAGGCAAAAUCGAAUAAGAGCCCCGAAGAGAAGAAAAAGGAAGCCGAGAAGGCACAGCGGCUGAAGGAGAAGGAGGCAGCUGAAAAGGCCAAAGCGGAAGCCGCCGAAUUGUUCAAACCCCUGCAAAUUCAGAAAGUGCCCUUCGGCGUGGAUCCCAAGACUGUUCUCUGUCAAUUCUUCAAGCAGGGGCACUGUGACAAAGGGAGGAAAUGCAAGUUCAGCCAUGAUCUUGAAGUGGAAAGGAAAGGGACCAAAAGGGACCUUUACCAAGACACCCGAGAAACGCAGAAAGAGGAAAAGGAAAAGGACAAGAUGGACGACUGGGAUGAAGAGAAGCUGCGACAGGUUGUAUCCAGCAAACACGGCAAUCCCAAGACAACGACGGACAAGGUUUGCAAGUUCUUCAUCCAGGCUGUUGAGGAUGGAAAAUAUGGUUGGUUUUGGACAUGCCCCAAUGGUGGCGAUAAGUGCAUGUACAGACACAGUCUGCCGCCUGGAUUCGUACUAAAGACCAAGGAGCAGCGGCGUGCCGAGAAGGAGCUUAUGGACAAGUCGCCUCUAAACACUCUCACACUAGAAGAUUUCCUGGAAUCUGAACGCCACAAAUUGACGGGUACAUUAACACCAGUAACGCCUGAAACAUUCGCCAAAUGGAAGAAAGAGCGUCUCGACAAGAAAGCUGCCGAAGAACAGGCCAGACAAGCUAAGGAAGCUACUGGCAGAGCGAUGUUUGAAAGCGGCAACUGGAAAGAUUCGGAAGAUGAGGACAGCGACGACGAUGAUGAUGUUGAUGAAGAGGAUGCUCCGGGGGCCUGGAAUCUCGAAGCCAUGCGGAAGGAGACCGAGAGGAUAAGGGCUCUGAAGGAAGAGCAACGAUUAGCAAAGGCCAACGGCGAGCCUGUACCAGAUCAAAACAGCGAUGCGGAAGGCAGUGCAGAUGGAUCUCAGGCGGGUGAUGGCGACACAGGAGACGGACAGGAAGAAAGCAGCGGCACUCAAGAAUAGUAUCGGAGGUUAGUUUUCGAAAUCAGCAUCUUUUAGCGACAAGUCCUCUGGACGGGAGGCUUCAUGGGGAGUUCGUGGGCAUAGCCAGCGAGGUCAUGAAGACGAAGAGAAUACGAGUAUGAUAUAUGCUCCUGUCUUGGAUGGAACAAUGCUAUUCUGGUUGACUGGCCAUGGGCGGCCUCCUUGGUGGUUAUGACUACAUGUCUGGAGUUGGGUACGCCCAAGCAACGUGUAUAUUCUUGACAAGGCAGUAUCGAGUUGCUGGAUGCUGUCCAUAACCGCUGUCAACCAUGAGUACAUAUCGUCGGCGCACUUACGGUCAUUAAUGUGAGGAAUCAAACUUA